GACUGGACGUCCAUCGGAAGCGUCUGUAUUCCCGGUGUGUCAUUUCUCUAUCGGGGGUACAAAGUACUUCAAUUGUUACCUUGAGAUCGAGGUUUGCGUGCAUGUUCAAAGGAGGUAAUUAUGCAGUUCGACGAAAUCUUAAAAGAUGUAGGAGAGUUUGGACGGUAUCAGAAGCGUAUAUUUGCCAUCGUUGUGAUCCUGUUAUUCACUGUUUCAUGGACGCAAAUGAUAUCAGUAUUCAUGAACCCAUCCGUCGACCAUUGGUGCAAGACCCCAGAAUGGGACUCAGGAUGUGAGCAGUAUGGACUAUCAGGAGAAGAUUGUGAACUAGCUAAAAAGACGGGGAGUAUCCCAUCGAACUAUACAUCAGAUGGAAAGCUGGAAUACGCACAGUGCGAGAAAUAUAAUGUGUCAGGAGUGGGAUUCUGGUCUGGGAUUGAUCCAUCCAAUUACAGCCGAGAAACGAUGUCAUGUGACAGUGGAUGGGUCUACGACGAUAGUCAAUUCGAAUCAACCACCGUGACGGAUUUCGAUCUUGUCUGUGGGAGAGAUGAACUUGCCCAGAUUUCUCAAUCUAUAUUCUAUGGAGGAUAUUUAGCUGGCUCAAUCAUAUCUGGUAUCCUCUCUGACACAAUUGGACGGUGGUGGACUCUCUUCUUAUCUAACGUUCUUGCUGUCAUCUCUGGUAUUGCUCUUGCCUUUUCCCCGAAUUGGUGGUUCUUUGCUGCAAUGCGUUUCCUCAAUGGCUUCAGCAAUAUUGCAUUCAACAUUAUCCUUUUUGUUGUUGGUACUGAGUUUAUCGGGCCUUCAAAGCGCUACCUGGUUCUUCUAGCAACGAUCGGUUAUGCCGUUGGCUACAUGGUGCUUGCUCUGGUAGCUUAUUUCAUCCGUUCAUGGCGUAUACUGCAACUAGUCAUGACAGCGCCUCUCAUCGCCAUCUUCAUAUUCUUUAAAUGGCUUCCAGAGUCUGCAAGAUGGCUCAUAUCGACAGGUAAAUAUGAUAAAGCUGAGAAACUUAUCAGAAAUAUCGCCCAGACCAAUGAUGCCAAACUGCCAACCCCUCUCUUCACAGAAGAAUUCAAAGAGGAACAGGAUCAAAUUCGGAAGGCACAUCGACCGACGGGCCUUGAUUUGGUUCGUACCCCAAGAAUUAGACAAAGAUCUAUAAGCCUUGUCUUCAUAUGGAUGGUAAACUCUAUGGUAUACCUGGGACUCUCCCUUAACAGCUCGAGUCUCGGUUCCAAUGAUUACCUCGCCUUUGCUCUCUCAGCUGGUGUUGAGAUUCCUGCCUUCAUCAUGGAUGUGUUUAUCAUCGAAUAUUUUGGUCGGAAGCCGAGUCUUUUUAUGUGCAUGAUGUUUGGUGGGAUUGCCUGCGUCUCGACCGCGUUCCUAUCUCCUGGUGCUGCUUUGACAACGGUUGCUAUGAUAGGCAAGUUCGGAAUCACUGGAUCCUUUUGUAUAAUGUACCUCUACACAGUUGAACUCUAUCCAACGAAUAUAAGGGGUGUAGCCAUCGGCAACUGUUCGAUGUUCUCAAGGUUCGCGAGUAUAGUAGCCCCUCUCAUCCUACUCCUUAGCGAGUACUGGUCUCCUCUGCCUCUUGUUAUAUAUGGCUCCGCUGCGAUCAUGGCUGCACUUUUUGCCUUAACGCUCCCGGAGACGCGAGGAAAGAAACUCCCCGAAACCGUGGAACAUGUCGAAGAGGGAGAAAAGUUUAACUUAGAAGAACGGGUAUGAUCUGUGGAUUUUCCAAGAUGGCGAUACGCUUAGAAUACAGAUAGAGUUCUUAGGUUGGCAUGUUCGUUUACCUCAUCAUGGUCAUGGCGUAUUUUAAUGCAUUUGACUGAUGCUUCAGUCACUCUGAAAGACCGACUCCAAACUCUUCUCAAGCUAUCAUAUUCCUACAGGAUGGUCAGCAAGGACGGUGUAUCGGAUAUCGGAUUUUUUUGUUCCAGGAAAUCUUUCUUCUACAGUGAAGGAAAACUGGAAUAUCUAUGAAAGGAUCUAGCUGAUCACCUUUGGGGUCUCAUCGGGUAUUUUUGGGACACGAGUUGUAGAUAAUCUUAAAAGACAUAUACAGGAUGUGGAGCGUUGUGGCCCAGUGGAUUAGUAUUCUGACUUUGACACAGAGGGUCGUGGGUUCGAAUCCCAGCCAU